AUCGAACCUUGUUUACCUUAACGGCUACUUAUACUCACGUCUUCGGCUUCUACUCUUCAUCCCUUCCCUCACUCUCUCUCUCUAAAACACACACACACAGUCUCUCUUUCUCUCUCUAGAAACAAACAUGGAAAUGAAGAACGUCGUCGUUCUAGCAUUCAUCUGCGCCAUUUUCGCCGCCGUCGGAGGUCAAGCCCCAGCUGCUUCCCCGACGAUUGCGCCUCCUACGACUGUCGUAACGCCUACUGCUUCACCAACCGUAGCACCGCCGGCGAAGUCUCCAGUUUCUGCUCCUCCGAUGGUUUCUGUUCCUACUCCGGUUAGUUCACCACCUGCUGCGGUGCCAGUGAGUUCUCCACCUGCUGCGGUGCCGGUGAGUUCUCCACCAACGAUUGAAUCUCCACCGGUUCCUGAACCAGUGAGCUCUCCUGCACCAGAGAUUGCUUCUACACCUGAAGCUUCUGCUCCGGCACCCAGCAAGAGGAAGACGAAGAUGAAUGCUCCAUCGCCGUCGCCUACCGAGGCACUUUCUCCUGGACCGAGUGGCGACGACUCUCCCUCUCCUGCUCCUAAUUCAGCCGACGUCGCCGACGAGAGUGGAGCCGACAGAUUGAAGAGCGUACAUAUGGUGGUGGGGAGCUUGGUGAUGGGAUUGGCUGCUUUCAGCUGGCUCUAGAUUUAUAUUAUUUAUUUAUUAUUUUUGAAAUUUAUUUAUUUUUUUGUAUGAUCUGUAAUUGCCUUUUGUUUCCCUAUCAUUGUAUUUUGUUUACGCAUAUAUACUAUUUACCACAUUUAUGUUUUGUUGUGUGAUUUAUUUCACCUAAUAAAAAAAGAAAAAGAAAAAGUAGCCUUAUUUUCAUUAUAGGUCUAUUUGGUAUUUAUGAAUGGAACAACAAAGAGAAUAAAAUAGACCUAAUGAUUUGACAAUCUAAUACAUUCAAUUCUUAUGUAUAAUUUGACAAUAUAAUAAAAUGGAUCAUUACCAUUUUAAUUGUUAUUGUUACGCUUG